AUGGUUGUUCUUGUUGUGGGAUUGUGCUCAGCUUCGACGCGGGACGACGACGACAACAUCAACCGCAGCAUACAUCCUUACAUGGUUCUAGUUGCGGCUCUUGCUCGGCGUCGUCAAUGGCGGAACCCGUGCCCGCCGGAGCAUCGCCGGCGCCGGAGAUUGGGGACGGUAGUGCGGUGCUGUCGAGGAAAGAGAAGAGGAAAGCGGCGAAAGAAGGAGAAGAGGAAGCAGGUUCGGAAAGAAGUGGCGAUCCGAGAGCGCGAGGAGGAGGAGGCGCGUGUCAAUGAUCCUGAGGAGCAGGUCCGGAUUAGAAUAACGGAGGAGGAGGAGGCGGAGGCUGCUGAGAGGGCGAGGAAGGAGUUUGAGGAGAGGGAGAGGGCCUGGCUUGAUGCCGCAGCUGCGAGGAAGGCCGCGGAGGAGGAGAGACGGAGGCUCGAAGAGUCUCAGAAAGAAAUCGAAAAGGUUGGGCGGCGUUCUGAUGAUGAGUUGGAAGAUGAUGAUUGUGAACUCGUUGAAGAGGGACCUGCUGAGAUUAUCUGGCAAGGAAAUGAAAUAAUAGUCAAGAAGAAGAAAGUCCGGGUUCUGAAACAAAGUGCUAACAGGCAAAAACAUGAAGAGGAUGAUGAUAGACCUACUUCAAAUCCGCUACCUCCUCAAUCUGAAGCCUUUGCUUCCUAUACAGGUGCACCACCUGUUUCUGCGAAAGAAGUUCUUGAAACCAUGUCUCAGCAAAUUCCAAAUUUUGGAACUGAACAAGAUAAAACAAAUUGUCCCUUUCACCUCAAGACAGGUGCUUGUCGUUUUGGUUCACAAUGCAGCAGAGUUCAUUUUCAUCCUGAUAAGUCCUGUACACUGCUCAUCAAGAACAUGUAUAAUGGUCCAGGUCUUGCUUGGGAGCAAGAUGAGGGGCUUGAGUAUACGGAUGAAGAGGUUGACCACUGUUAUGAAGAAUUCUAUGAAGAUGUACACACGGAGUUCUUAAAGUUUGGUGAACUAAUUAAUUUCAAGGUAUGCAGGAAUGGCUCAUAUCAUCUGCGUGGUAAUGUCUAUGUGCAUUACAAGGCCCUGGAAUCAGCUAUUCUUGCUUUCAAUGCAAUGAAUGGUCGAUAUUUUGCCGGGAAACAGAUCACAUGUGAAUUUAUUGGUGUCACAAAAUGGAAGGUUGCAAUUUGUGGGGAGUACAUGAAAUCAAGGCUAAAGACCUGCUCUCGUGGUACUGCCUGCAAUUUCAUUCACUGCUUCCGCAAUCCUGGAGGAGAUUAUGAGUGGGCUAACUGGGAUAACCCUCCGCCUAAAUACUGGAUUAGAAAAAUGGCUGUUCUUUUUGGCACUUCAGAUGAACAAGGGCAUGACAUGCAAAUGGAACUGGAAAGUCAGGAGAGACCCAGGGGCUCAAAAAGGAGAACACCUAUAAAUAACAGACGCCCAUCAACAAGAUCAACUCAUGGUGAGAUGGAUUACUCGAGCAGUGGAUCUGAUACAGAUGUAGAUAGGAAUCUAUCCAAUAAUAUUUCAUAUAGGAAUGACCACUCAAGCAGAAGAAAGGAUAAGACUCUUCAUAAACACAAACAUUAUGAAGAUAAACACAGGUCAAGUUCUCGAAGUCAAAGCAGGAAACAUCAUUCACAUGGUCAUAGCUCUAGAAAAGAUGACAUGAAGGAAUUGACAAGAGGUUCAGUCAAGAAGCACAGAGAUAUUGACGAAGAUUACACUCCUAAAUACCAUAAAAGACAUAAGAAGAAACAUAGUCCGACAGAAGACAUGAGCAUGCAACAGAAGGAGAUCGUUUUUGAAGAGCAAUCAAAAUCAGAUGAGUACUAUAAAGAAUUAAGGUUGCCAUAUCAGUAUUCAGACUACUCUCGCGACGAUCACCACGCAAGUAAUUACCGUUCUAGUGAAAAUUUAUUUAGUGAGAGAAAUAUCGAUGUUAAUGACCGGUAUGAUGGGAAGUACUGCUCUGAUUAUAUGGAUUCUGACAAAGAGAACUUGCACAGAAACAAGUUAUGUGACAGAAAACGCUCAAGUGAAGAGAGAGUACAUGAGCGAUAUGCAUCUAAUUAUUUCACUGAUCAUGUCUCUGAUGAUCAUGGGCAAGAUAAGAAGGGUAAGUCUGCGAGACAAGAUGCUGAGCGGGUAUUCUCUUCUGAUGAUAAUGAUCAGGAAAAUAAUAUCAAUAGGGAAUCUCAUGAUUCUUCUCAGCACAAUGUGAGUGCCCUGUCGCCAAGCCAGGUUGAGCCAAAUGAACCGAGAAACUCAUCAGAUGAAACUGGGCAUGCCUUUAGCCGGAGGAACAAGAGGCAUAGUAAAACUGAAAGAAACAGAAGACAUCACAGGGAAAGAUACGGAGACGUUAAACAAGAAACCGGGCAUGACAACAGACAUAGGCAUAGGAGUGAUAGGAAGAGAAGGCAUCAUGACGAGACGUCAGGGCAUAAAGAAUAUCAAACAAGAAACUAGUCAUUUAGAUUCUGACGGUUCUUUGUACCCUAAACAUGUUAGGAAGAGUCCUUCAAGACGGCGAUCCCCUGUAUUAGACGGCCUUUGCAGCAGAUUCAUCUAGGGAGUAGCCAAGUGGGUAUUCUUCGAAUCACAACAAAUGCAAAGCCUGGUUUCUGGCCUCCAGUCAAACUGCUUUUCUUACCAUGGAAGUUGUCGUAAGGCGCCGGCCUUGGCCAAGCAUGCGAGGCAAGACCCUUAAAGAAGCGUCCCUCAGAUUGGUUUUUUAGUGUUCAUCACGGUUGAUGUGAUCAUCUAAGUUUGUAUUACAUGGAUGUCCACAACCCUGUUCGUUGAUUAUAUUUCAUAAUUAGGGCAAAAAUUCAUUUAGAAUGAUUAUCACACACAAGCACACACUCGGAGAGACGUUUAUAACGUUGAUGCUUAAAUGGUAAAAUUGUAUGCUUAAAAAACUGCUC